AUGAAGAUCAUUCUGUUGCUCCUGUUGCCAGUGCUGAGCUUGGUUGCCAGUGAAAGUGAAAAGGAGGACAAUGAGGAUCAUCAUUUAUACACUUAUCGCGCUUCACCAAAGUUAAGCGGACCCGUGAAACUUCUACACGAUCGCGAGGAUGUCAUUUUGAAUGCUUUGGAUGAUGAUCUUCAAAAGAUAUCCCACAUUUAUAUGCAGGCCCUGCUAUCGGGCACUCAUACACCCGAAUUGGAAGGACAUAUGCGUGGUCUGGAAAUGGAAUUGUUCGAUUUGCUCGAUCAACUUUAUAAGGAGAAAAGGCUCGAGGAUUACAUGAAAUAUGAGGCGGAAGUGACACGACAAAUGAUUAUCUACAACAUGUUGAAGAGGUUAUUUGGCUAUGAACAGGAUAGGGAAAAGUGA